AUGGCAGAAUCUGAGGUCAAAUAUGUACCGAAUGAAGAAUUAAAAAUUGUUAAUGAACAACUCAUAAAUGACUUUCAAGAUCGAUGUGCCAGUACAAAAUGUCGUGAUGGUGAAACAUGUAUAUUAAAUAAAGAUGGUGAUGCUGAAUGUGCUUGUGUUGCACAAUGUGAAGAUCCAAAAGAUGAACGUUUAAUGGUAUGUACAAAAGCUAAUCAUACAUAUACAUCAGAUUGUGAAUUCUAUCAAAUGCAAUGUUGGUGCCGUCGAAAUGAUGAACGGUGCACACGUCAAGAAGCUGUUUCAGAUUCAAUUGAUUAUUUUGGACGAUGUCAAAAUCUUGGCAUUUGUACAGCAUUCGAAUUAGAAGUUUUUCCAAAACGAAUGACAACAUGGCUUGGAGAAAUUCUCGAUGCAUUGUUUGUUCGUAAAGAUCUCGAUGCUAAAUAUGAAGUAUUAGUGAAUGAAGCACGUAAAAUGAAAUUAUCAAAUACAGAAAAAUGGUGGCGUAAUGCUGUACUUUGGGAAUUCUGUGAGCUUGAUCGAACACAUGAUAAUUCGGUUAAUAAUGAAGAAAUAGCUCGUUUCGUUCGAUCACUCAAAGUUCUUGAACACUGCAUUCAACCAUUUUUGAAUCAUUGCGAUACAGAUAAUGAUAAUAAAAUUUCAUCUGAGGAAUGGGGUACAUGCUUAGGUUUAGAAAAGGGUGACAUGACUUUCUUGAAGACAUUUUGCUCACAUUAA